AUGGCUGCCCCAAGCGCCCCCUUUUCUGUGUCUGUCCCCUCUUCCCCUGAUGAAUCCACAUCUGCAUCCUCAUCCUCCACAACUCAUUCCAGUAUGUCACUGGAUCUCUCUCGGCGCACCAAAAUUGCUGGUACCCAGCCAGAUCAAUUCCAGGCAAUCAAAGAAAAGCUGGUCACGGAAGUCUUAAAAGGACACACAGGGUACUUGUGGUUGUCUGACGUUGCCGAAGACACAUUCUACCAACUUAAGGGCGACACCUCACGAAGCACAAGACGCCUCCACUGCCUGUACGAGUUUGACGAGCACAAGCUCCGCGUCCGGAUGCCCGAGAAAGUACACGACAGUCUCGCUGUCCAACUUGGUGUCCUGAUUAAUGACAAGCUGAGAUCGGCUGGCCUACUUAACAUUGCAUGCGUCCCUAAUAUGUCUCCUACUAUUACACUCGGCACCACUGCUGCUGAGCCAGAUGGAUGCUGGGGCCCUAUCAACAGCGAGGGCUUUACAGUUGGCAUUGAGGUUGGGAAUUCCCAAAGUAGCACUGAACUCGUGCGCGACGCUCGACAUUGGAUUGAGCAUGCCGAAUCCUCCUUUCAGAUCUGCAUUGUUGUUGAGCUUAGCAACAAUCGCAACACGAUUACACUCUCUGUCUGGCGGCAAAAUGAUUACGCUAGUUCCGGCUCCCGGCUCCGUAGCAGACAUAUUUCUGCGAUCAACACAGACACGGUGACUAUCACUCGGAGAUAUCCCGAUCCUGUGGUCCGUUUUGAAAAUCCACUUUCGCCUACACUGGCAUCGCCUGUACUUGAACAGUCCGAGAUCCGACUUCCUAUCGCGGCUUUUACUAGCUACCACCCUCCACCUGGUGUUCAUGUCAACUUUGGGGAUAUAACCUGCGUGUCCUGGGAUGGCGUAUACGCCGAUGUCGAACCACGGGACAUCAAUCCUUACAAUCUACGCCCAUUUGCGAACCAGAACGCGGUGUUCGGACGCCGCUUCAGAUUCGCGUCGAACGGCAGUCUCCAACCGAUCUUGUCGCCCCCUAUUCCAUUCCACACGCUGACGCUCGACUUCGUGCCUGGGCUGCUGGCGUCUAAGUCAUCUGCGUCCAAGGACACCUACAACCCCGUCGCCUUUGUUACCUGCAAGUUCACAAAACGCCUCCGCGCCAUGCCUGGCAAAGUAACCUGGUCCGGUGCGGAUUGGGUAGUGCCCGUGUUUCGCCUCCUGUAA